AUGACUGUGGUUCUUGCUAUUGGAUCAGCAAUUUUAGUGGUUGCACUUUUGGGAUUAUGUAUCUACUGCUUUAAAAAGAGGAAUGGAACUAAAAAAGUGAGAAACAAGAAUUUUGUUCAAGAAGUUCAAUUAUGUGACGGUGGCCACCCCCAUAACACUGAGCUGUGGCAUCAAAAUUUGCAAGCAAGGGACAAUCUCAGAUCUCAGGAAUUUCCCUUUUUCAAUUUGGCGACUAUAAAUGUUGCUACUGAUGGCUUCUCUGAUUCAAAUAAGCUUGGGCAAGGUGGUUUUGGACCCGUUUACAAGGGUAUACUACCAGAUGGGAAGGAAGUAGCAGUAAAGAGACUCUCAAGCAAUUCUGAGCAAGGUUCAGAUGAAUUCAUAAAUGAAGUUCUGUUAAUACUGAAACUUCAGCACAAUAGUCUUGUGAGACUCUUGGGUUUUUGCCUAGAUGGACAGGAAAUGCUGCUCAUCUAUGAAUACAUGCCCCAAGGCAGCCUAGAUGUCUUGCUGUUUGAUUCAAGAAAACGCGCACAACUCAACUGGAGCAAACGACUAAAUAUUAUUAAUGGAAUUGCCAGGGGAAUCCUUUAUCUUCAUGAGGAUUCUCGACUUAGAAUCAUUCACAGGGACCUAAAAGCUAGCAAUGUUUUACUAGACAUUGACAUGAAUCCAAAGAUCUCAGACUUUGGAAUGGCAAGGAUAUUUGGAGGAAGUGAUGGUGAAGCUAGUACUGCUAAGAUUGUUGGAACAUAUGGAUAUAUGGCUCCUGAGUAUGCUAUGGAAGGACUAUAUUCCAUAAAAUCUGAUGUUUUCAGCUUCGGAGUUCUCUUGCUUGAGAUCAUUACUGGCAGAAGGAAUGCCGGAUUCCAUCUCUCCAAACGCGCCCCUAGCCUUCUAGCAUAUGCAUGGCAAUUAUGGAAUGAAGGAAGAGGCCUAGAACUGAUGGAUCCUUUAUUGAUGGAUUCAUGUUGCCCACCUGAUGAAUUUCUGAGAUGCAUGCAUGUUGGACUAUUGUGUGUUCAAGAGGACUCGUACGAAAGGCCUACCAUGUCAUAUGUUGUUGUCAUGCUCAAAAGUGAAACUGUAAUUCUUAGCCCACCUGAAAGACCUGCCUUCUCCGUGGGGCGAUUUGCAGAUCACUAUGAAGCACUUGAGAACAUUUGUUCUGUUAAUCUUUUGACACUUUCAAAUAUCAUACCUCGGUGAAGGAGCUCUUGAACUGGUUGAACUUGACUAUGACUUGAUGUGAGAGCUAGUG